GGCCUUGCUUGCGGCGCCGGCAGCCUUGGUGGCGUGGGCGGAUCAUGCGCAGCCCGAGAGCGCGCGCGUCGAAGGCGCUCGCCGAGUUCAGCGGCUCCAUCACGCGGCGCACGCUCACGCUCGCCGCCGCGCUCGCAGCCAGCACCUCGCCGACACCAUCGCCCGCAAUGGAGGGCAUGGCGAUGGACGCAAAGGGAGGACAUACGAUGGAGAGCUCCAUCGCUUUCUUCCCCGGCGCUCCUUACAUCGUCGACCCGGCGAUGACGGAGGUGAAUACCUUCUCGACGAUCUCCGCUGCGCUUGCCGCCGCACCGAGUGGCAGCACAGUCAUCGUAAGGCCGGGCACGUACAACGAGCGCUUAAUCAUACGAAAGACGGUCAACCUGCUUUGCCCGCGCGUGGUGCUGGACUGGACGAGCGGCACGGCCUACGAGGCGGCGGUCGACGUGGACCUGAGCGGCGCUGACGCCGGCAACGUCUACUUCAUGGGCCUCACAGUUAGGCACAGUUGCGCGAUCAAUGGCGACCGCAACGCCGCGGUCUACGUCCACAGCCCGACGCGCAAGGUAGCGCUUGAAUUUCCUCGUCUAUCUGACAGCGCGCAACACUCCCCACACACCCACCGCAUCGGCCUGAUACGCAGGUGAAAUUCGUCAACUGCGACGUCUCUAGCAGCAGCGGCACCGGCAUUGGCGUCGGGGGUGGCAAUGUGACGAUCUUGUCAUGCACCAUAUGCGAUUGCAAGAACCAUGGCGUGCUGUACGGUGGC